GUUGACGAGGGUAUCGAAGCGAUGCUGUGCUGUUGGCUCCAACAGAUACAGGAGUUUGGUGGACCGGAGGUGGACAAACCGGACCUUUUGAAAGGAUCGAUCGGUUCGCUGAAAAAUCUCGGUCUACCCGUGCCACCCAAGACUAGCUCGGGCAGUGAGACGCUGGUCCGGCAUAACACCACCAGUGGGGGAGCAGCGCUGGAGUUCAAAGCACGAUACAACGGUGAUUUAGUUCAACUGAAAGAAAUACCACUCAGCUCUGGGUCGUCCCAGGAACUCAAGACGAAGGCGAUGGAUCUGCUCGUAAUAGCACACGGAUUACGACACGAGAAUAUUAAUCCGCUAAUAG